GCUACUGACGGUGGGACAUCACCUCCAAUGCCCAAUCUCCUCCUCAAUCAAUCUCCUAUGCACCAUAAAAUAUACUAUACCCAUCAAGCAUUAAUGAAUAUGUGAAAAGACCAAAAGGACAUAUUUUAAUUGGAACCAAGAAUGUCCCAAACCAAAAUCGGCAUCCAACAUAACUCGGGUUUGGUCGGAUCUGAAUUGGAUUGGUCUGUAAAAAAAAUUAAAAGUGGUUCUUAUGUUUGUUGGUUUGGUCUAAAAAAAAAGAAAAAAGUGAAUCCCGAUUCUCCCCGAGCUCCCCUCCCCCCAGACCACCCAACCUACAGCUCCUCCUGCAGCUCCUCCUCCACUCUCCCCCUCCUCCACUCCUCCUCCACUCCUCCUCCACUCCUCUCUCUCUCAGCUUCUCGAACGCUGCCGGACACAAUGAGCAAUCACGUCAGAGAUAUACCUGGUAGUCCGAAAGAGAGCUACAAGAUGUUGUAUAGCUAUUUGUACAUGUUAGAGCAAGUGAAUCCGGGGACAAAAACCUGUUUGAAAUUGGAUGAUAGAAGUAAAUUUGAGUACCUUUUCAUAGCUUUGGGAGCUUGCAUUGAAGGGUUUGCAGUUAUGAGGAAGGUGAUAGCUGUGGAGGGGAUACGUCUGAAGAACGGUGGUGUUUUAGUUUUCGCGAAAGCUCAGGAUCCUAAUGGUCAGAGUUAUCCACUUGCGUUUGCAGUAGUAGAUGGUGAGAAUCUUGCUAGUUGGACUUGGUUUUUCGAGAUGCUUAAAAGUGUUAUACCAGACUCUUCUGAACUGGUUUUCAUUAGUACUCUUCAUCAGAGCUUGAUUUUCGCCAUAGGAAACGUAUUUCCACAGGCUCACCAUGGUCAUUGUUUAUGGCAUUUGAAGGAAAAGGUGAAAUUACAUGCUUGUAACGUCAACAAGAAUAUAGUCGGGCAAAAACUUAUGGAGUUGGGCAGAUAUUACACGGUUGAUGACUUCAAUUCUGCUUACGACUCAUUUAAGAUAAGAUGUCCAGCUGCGUACAAGUAUGUGGAGGAAUGUGGUAUUGAAAAGGACAAAUGGGCAAGGGUUUUUUUCCCACGUGAUAGGUACAACUUGGAUACAAGCAACACUCUGGGAUCAAUGAAGAACGUGUUUAAAGAGGCAACAAGGUGGGCCUUAAUACCAAUGCUGGAUUGUAUCAUUAGGAAAUUCUCUGAUUGGUUCACUCAACGGAAGGAUGUUGUUUCUAGAUCAAUGAAUACAAGACUGGUGCCUCGGGUUGAGAACUACUUGCACGAUCUAUGGGCUGUUGCACAUAAGUUACCUGUGCGGGAACUUGAUAGUUACGAGCUUAAGUACGAGAUCACUGACACUGCAGGAAAGGUGUUUUGGGCGACCUUGGUUGGAAAAACUUGUACUUGCAAGGUGUGGGACUAUGAAAAGUUCCCUUGUCUGCAUGGACUGGCAGCUUAUAUCUAUUUCGCUAGGAAUGUUGAUGGCAGGCGCCUUGAUAUCCAUGAGUUGUGCUCAAAAUACUACUGGACGGAAAUGUGGCAUUUGGCGUAUUCCAGAACACUUAAUGUUGUGCCCGACAUGGCUUCUUGGAAUGUACCAGAUCAGAUCAAGGAGGUGAAGAUCAUACCUCCAUAUCGCAUCAAGCGGCAAGGAAGGAAAAGAGUUUAAAUUUGGAUGAAUUUGGAGUAAUGCAUAUUUCGAGUAAUGCAUUUGGGUACUUGAUUUUGUGGCUCUUGAACUUUGUUUCAUUUCGUGUUGUAUCGUGUUGUAUGACUUGGAAAACUGCGUAAACUUGAAAUCUACUUUGUUUUGUAAUGACAUUAGUAUUAUCUAUAUCAAAACUCGAAUCUCAUAGUU